AAUUUUUGUCACAUAAAUUCCAGCCGAGCAAAUUUUAUAAAAUUAUUUAUGUAAUGAUUACAUGAUUUGCUAGGCUAAGGGGAGAAAACGAUUAUAUGAUAAUCGAUAACACAACUUUGUUUAAGAAAAGCGAUAUUCACUGCAAAUGUUCAAAACGCAAUAGCUACAACAAAAUUUAUUCUUGGUUGGAUAAACAGCUUAUUUUUUUCCUUUUCUUUUAAUUUUUUUUUGAAAGGAUUUUUUUAUUUAGUAUGAUGCAUUAAGUAAAAAUUAUUUUAUAUGGUUUGUCUGUUUAGUUGAAUUCAAUUUAUGCAUUAAAUAUGAAAGAUACAUUAGAGCUGUAUGACAUGGACUAGUUCAAAUCCUCGAGGGUUAAGAAAUAUUCAUUAUUUUUUUAUUUUAUUAUGUAUGCUCUUUUCUUGCAUAUAGAAGUACUAAAUUAUCAAGGAGUUGACUUCGCAUUAAUUUAGGGUGAAAGAUAGCUUUAAAAUAAUGAAUUUAUAUUCUUGGAAAAAUAAUUCAUAUGUAAUUCCACAUAAAAAAAAUUAAAAGAGAUAUUAAAUAACAUAUAAAUUUGAUGGAAUUCUCCUCUAAUUGCCAAUUGGUUUUAGAUAGGAACCUCAUUAGGUUUGUUUGCAGUCAAUACUCCUCUUAAUGUAGAUCUUGUUUUGUACAAACUUAAUAACAAAUUUAUCAAAUUUAUUUUACUUGGACUAUUUAAUAUAUGUUAGAUAAGCGACUUAAAGUGAUUCUGUCUCAUUCAACAUUUUGUGUUAAUUUAACACUUCAAUUAAAAUAAACUUGACUUCUAUUUUUAAAAAGUACACUAUUCAUAUUAGGUUUGUUCAAUGGGGCGGAUAACCAACAAAAAGUAAGAGGAAUUUAUAACGAGUCCAAUUCGAUAAAACCUUAUUCAAUUAGGCUCGAUUAUGACUAGUAUGCUUCUCCUACAAGCAAAACAACUAAUAGAAGUAUUAGUCUUACUACCCAAUUGCACAAUCCAUCUCCAAGGUUCAACAUCUACCUCAAUUCCUCCCAUCCCUAUACGUUAUUGCUUGUUUACUUAAUUGUUCAUCAAGUGAUCAAGAAGAUCUCACCUUCUUCUCCGGCGAUCGGUGGAGCUCACUCCCAACCCCACAAUCGGUAUUUGAUAACUUAAGGUGGGAGCGGGAGAGGAAGUGUAGCUCCACUGCCGCCACCUAGUAAGAUAGCAAAAAUUAUUACGCUUAUUAGUGAGUUUUUUAUUUUAUAUAUGUAUUUUAAAAAAUAUAUAUUAAACUAGUUAGCGAGGUGUGCAUCACACCUCUAAUGCCAGACAAAGAUGUUGGCGUAUUGCUAUCAUCUUUUGCCUGACAAAGUUGAUAAGCUGCCAUCAUUCAUACUAUGUAAAGUAGGUGGGCCACCACCACCUUUGCUUGAAAAAGGAGGUGUUUUUCCACCACCCUUUCCCGGCAAAGGAGGUGGACCACCAUCGCCUCCUCCAGGAGCCAUGAGUUCCUUGAGUGCAAAAAAUGCCACAACAAAGCUAAAGAGGUCACCUUACAUGGACAACUCAUUUCGGCUUGUAAGAGCAAAGAUGGAAGGAUCUGCCCAUGUGCAAAAAUCAUCUCAAGGCAAGAAGAAUGGUGCUUUCAAAAAUGGUGUUGGUAAUGGAGGUCAAAGCAUGGCUGAUGCACUAGCAGAAAUGACCAAAAAGAAAGGAAAGAAGCUAAGGCAGCAUUAAACGAUCAAACAUUGUUAAAACCAAAAAAUCAUGAGAAGAAAGUAGAUGUGAAACUGCUUUGGAGGAUCUUCCAGUUGGCGUAUAAAGUAUAUACCUUUGCAGGAGGGCAAGAUAAUCGAACUGAAAGGCUAACAAAAGAGCUAGUUAACGAGAUGGAGACUGAUCCCAUCCAGCUUUGAGUCCUGUUUUUGUUCCUGGAUUCUGUUGAGGGGUGUUCAACGGGCCGGGCCGGGCCUUCAUUUUGAGCUUUUAUCCGGCUCGUUUACGAAGGUUUUUGUAAGGACCAGGUUAUUAAUGGGCUGGAUCGAAAGCGGACUCUACUAUUAUUAAAAUGAAGCGGGCUAUAAAAGGGAUUAAUUAGGGUCAGAAACGAGCCUUUAUAAAUAGUAUAAUUGAUGAAUAAUUUAAUUAUUAUAAAUGUCAGUGCCAAUGUGAAUUAUUAACGUUUCUAUAAUUUAAUUAUUAGAAAUGUUAAUUUAAUUAUUAUAACGGGCUGGGCUAGGCAGGGUUCGGCUCUGACUUUAAAAUCGUGCCAAUGUAAAGCCCAGUUUAAAUGAAUCUUAUUCAACUGGCUCUUAUUCCUUAAGUUUGACUCGGCUCAUGUCUGGCCCCCAUUGAACCAUGCAGUAGAGGACUUGAGCUAAUAAUAGUGGAGCUGGUUAGACUUUUGAUAAUCUAUCUUGCAGCGCGUAAAAGUUGCAACAACUUCAUUGUAGUUUCGUGUACAGUCCGUUAUAAAUCGAGAUUUUAUUCCAUAUUGUUUUUUUUAUAUAAUUGUAAAUCAUUUUUGAAGUCAUGUCAAAUUGGGUUCGAUUACAAUGUCGGGUAAAUUUUAGAUUAUCGAGUCUAUUUUAAGCACUUCUAUCUGAAACUGAUAAAAUAAGACAAUGCUACCAACUAAUUUAACAAGCCAACCAAUAACAAACAUUCAAUAUCCAAUUG